UCCACUGGGUAUUCUUGUAAUGCCAACUUCUGCACAGCUGUGAUAGACAAAUACGUAUUUUAUAGCCUUCUUGCCUCAUUUGCAAGAUUUUACAUCAAACACACUUUUUCCUUAACUGGCUAAAUAACUGUAAAAGAAAUCACAAACUUUUGAACAUCUGAGUGAAACAGAUAACUGGACUGAGUUUGUAACUGGUAUUAUGAAGACGAUCUGGAGCCUGUGUCUGCUUUGUUUGGCUGAGGGUUUAAGAGCAGUCCAUGCAGGUCCGGUAAGGACGAACGGCAAGAUGGAAGACAAGGCUGUGCCACAGGAAGAAGUCAACGUGCUCAUGUUUGGUGUCAUACAGUUCAGCGAAUCCCUAAACUAUGUUUAUGAAUCCACUGAGGCAAAGAUAGCCAAAAUCAGCCAGACUCUGAAGAGCCAUGAGGGGACUCUCAAAAAUCUGGGGAGGCACACUGAGCAGGCUGCAGAGGUGGAGAAACAGAUAAAAGGAGUGAUACAGUUGCUACAGGCCCAGAUGGUGGAGCAACAGGCACAGACUAAGGUGACUAAAGACUGGCUGGCCAGUAUGGAGCAGGAAGACGUGGCACUGAAGACAAAAGUGAAGAAGUUGGAGAUGUAUCUCAGCAACUCUGUACCCACCACCAACAUCAAAGAGCUGCAGGAGAGAGCAGGGGACCACUCUGAUGUCUUAAAAGGUUUACAGCAUUUGAUCCAGUACCAAAAAGAGAAUAUUGAAACUCAGAGUAAGCAGCUCUCCAAACUGCAGAAGAUGAGUGAUGACAUAGUCGUUUGAAGAUUCACCACUGCAGACCCCCAGCUCAGAAACAUCACUACACUCCCUUCCAUGAAUAUGUUAUGCCUAUGUAUGCUAUAGAUCUAGUUUAUAUAUAUAUAUAUACACACACACUACUCACAAAAAGUUAGGGAUAUUCCACUUUCGGGUGAAAUUUAUGGAAAAUGUAAAAAGUUGAUGCUACAGUGAUAUUAUAUCAUGAAAGUAGGGCAUUUAAGUAGAAGCUCAAAUUAAGAUCACCUGGAAAGGUUAUAGUGCAUUUUAUGUACAUUCUGAAAUUUCAUCCGAAAGCCGAAUAUCCCUAACUUUUUGUGAGUAGUGUAUAUAUGAAUAUGGUUGUUACAGUUAUCAUCUAUUUCUCAUGUAACAUUUUUGUUUGUUUUGACUUUGAGGUACUUUGUAAACUUUGUUUAUAAAAAAAGCCAUUCAAAUAAAGUUGUUAAUUUAUAGAGUAUCUUGUUGUGUAAGCACACAUAAAAAACCUCAAAGAUAAAAGCUUAUUUUUGUAUUUACAUAUUGUACAAAACAAUAUCAAUAAAGAUGUGUUUCAAUUAGAAA